AUGGUCACGUACUUGCCUAUCUCUUCGCCGUUCAUUCGAUUCGCCGGCCGCUACGUUGAUGAAGCUUUAGGUGUUGCCGCUGGAUACAACUUCUUUAUCUUCGAGGCCGCUCUGGUCCCUUUCGAGAUUGUCGCCGUCAGCAUUAUUAUUAAAUACUGGACCGAUGCGAUUCCCGUCGCCGCCAUGAAUGUGGUUGUCAUUAUACUCUAUGGGGUAUUAAAUCUCUUUGCUGUGAAAUGGUACGGUGAAGCAGAGUUCUGGCUCUCACUAGGCAAGGUCUUGUUGAGCACAGGCCUGAUCUUAUAUACAUUCAUCGUCAUGCUGGGCGGCAACCCGCUCGGCGAUCGAUUUGGCUUCCGUUACUGGAACGAACCAGGUGCCUUCAACGAGUACUACAAGACAGGGGAUACCGGCAAGUUCCUCGGUGUCCUCGCAGCUGUCAUCACAGCCAGUUUCACCAUCGCCGGUCCGGACUAUGUCUCCAUGGCCGCCGGUGAGACCGUUAAUCCGCGCAAGGUUCUACCCAAAGCCUUCAACGGUGUCUUCUACCGUCUCACGGCAUUCUUCGUUCUGGGUGUUCUCUCCGUCGGCAUUCUGGUGCCGUACAACGAUAAGGCCAUGGCCGAUGCUUUCGACAAUGGCAAGCCCGGUGCUGCGGCCUCACCCUAUGUUAUCUCCAUGGAUCGCCUGAAGAUCCCCAUCCUUCCAGACAUCGUCAACGCCGUCAUUCUCACCGCUUCGUUCAGCGCGGGCAACAGCUACAUGUACUGUGCCAGUCGCAGUCUGUACGGGCUAGCGAUUGAGGGCAAAGCCCCACGCUUCCUUACUAAGUGCACCAACAACGGCGUUCCCAUCUACUGUGUCGGUAUAGUGCUCGUCAUCGGUCUCUUGAGUUUCCUGCAGGUAUCCAACAGCGCAGCAGUCGUGCUGGACUGGUUUGUCAAUCUGGUCACUGCCUCCCAACUCAUCAAUUUCUCCGUCGUCACAUUCACGUUCAUCCGCUUCAAGAAAGCUCUCGACGCCCAAGGUAUCCCCCGGGAAACCUUGCCAUAUCGCAGCUGGUUCCAGCCGUAUAUCGCCUACUUCGCUUGCGCUUGCACAACGGUCAUGGCUUUCGUCGGUGGCUAUACCGUCUUCCUGCCCGGCAACUGGUCCAUCGCGACAUUCUUCUUCUCCUACACCAUGAUCGGCGUCUUCCCGGUUAUUUACUUCGGGUGGAAAUUCUUCCACAAGACCAAGUUGCUCAAACCUGAGGAGGUUGAUCUGGUCACUGGUGUAGCUGAGAUCGAGGAUUAUACCAGAGACUUCGUGGUCAUACCGCCGAAGAAUGUCGUAUACAAGUGGUUCCAAAUUAUCUUUGAAUAG